UAUUCCGUUAACCUCCCGGUGGAUGAACUCUGAGAUGAACCGUCCGCGGAGAGUCAAACUGUUUCUUCUUUCGUGGUAUUCAGUCCUCCAGCUGCUGACAGCACAAGAAGCUCAGAGCCAAUUGACAGAGACAGACGGAAGACUACAGAGGAGGGCUAAUGCACUGCGGAGGAAACGGGAUCUCCUAGGGGAGGAGACAUUCAGUCCUCUUCUCUCUGAAGCAACUCUACCUCGCAGUGUUCUACAUAAUUACACGGCCCGCGAUGCCUCCUCAGAGUACUGCGGCUGUCUGAAUGGGGGCUGGUGUCAGGAGGGGGGUGUGUGUGACUGUGCACAGUUCCAGGCCCUCGGAGACCGCUGCCAGAUCAUUCCUAACCAGGGCCAGGACAGAGAUGGGAUAUGCAGGUCUUGGGGUCAGUACCACUAUGAGACAUUCGAUGGCAGCUACUUCUACUACCCUGGAACCUGCUCCUACAUACUGGCCCAGGACUGCCGCUCAGCCACACCACAGUACACUGUGUGGGUCCAUAACAGCCGUGUGUGUGAAGGCAGUGUGUACUCCUGUCCCAGGGCUCUCAGUCUCUUCUUCCCCAACGAGGAGGAGAUCCACAUCUCUGGAUACCAAGUCCACCAGGGGGGUCGCAGGCUGAGCCUACCCCAGACAAUAGGAGGUGUGUUUAUAGAGCGUCUGGCUGACUACCUGCUGGUGAAGAGCGUGUUUGGCUUCUCUCUGGCGUGGGACGGGGGGAGCGGAGUAUAUCUGAAGAUGUCUGAACAGCACCACGGCACCCCCUGUGGCCUUUGUGGGAACUACAACAACCUGCCCAACGAUGACCUCACCACAGCCCGCGGCGUGCAGACAGAGGAGCCAGCAAUGUUUGCUAACAGCUGGUCAGUCGAUCUGCCUCAUGAGAGAGGCUGCCCUCUAGUGGACAUAGACUUCACUGGACCCUGCCACUCUGAGUCUGACAUGGACGAUGCCAUAGAGAAGUGCAGUGCUCUCCUGUUCUUCCCCUUCCUGUCCUGUCAUGAGAACAUCGACCCAAACCCCUACUUGGCCAGCUGUGUCUCCGACCUCUGUGUGUCAGAUGAGGAGGAGACGUUUUGCCGUGCGCUGGUGGAGUACACACGAGCCUGCAGCCAUGUAGGAUACCCUGUACGAGAGUGGAGAGACAGCUUCCCAUCCUGCAAUGAUGGCUGUGAGGAGAGUUUUGUCCAUAGAGACUGUAUCAGCUGCUGCCCUCCCACCUGUACCUUUGAUAAGGAGUGUCUAGGAACUAACCUGCACUGUCUGGAUGGAUGCUACUGCCCUGAUGGGUUGAUUCUGCAGAAUGGGACUUGUAUCGCUGUGUCUCAGUGUCCUUGUGUCUACCACGGCACCUCAUACACACAGGGACACACUCUGGAGCAGGGCUGCAGUGUCUGUGUGUGUAUGGGGGGAGUGUGGAACUGCACGGACAACAACUGUACAGCGGAGUGUUCAGUAGUAGGUGACGUGUUUGUGACAUCGUUCGAUGGGAGGAUGUUCCUGCAGCCAGGGGAGUGUCAGUACGUCUUGGCCAAGAGCCGCAGCGGCAGUAGAUUCACUGUUACACUGCAGUAUACCACCUGCACAAAGGCCCAGCAGCAGGUGUGUAUCCAGUCAGUGACGGUGGUUCUGGAUGAAGAUGUUAAUCACCAGGUGACUCUGACCCGAGAGGGGGAAGUGCUUAUAGGGGUCAACCCCGCCCCCGCUUUGCCCUACACCGGUGAUGUAGUUGAGGUACGGAGGUUAACGUCAGUGUUCGUCCAGCUGAGGACGUUGCUUGGACUGCGUCUGCAAUAUGAUGGGCGUGGUGGGCGUGUCUAUAUACAGCUGGACAGCCAAUGGCGCAGCAACACGCUGGGCCUUUGUGGAACCUUCAACGGAAACCUGCGGGAUGACUUCCUGUCUCCAGCAGGGAUGAUAGAGGGGACUCCCCAGCUCCAUGCUAACUCCUGGAGGGUCUCAUCUGCUUGCUCCGCCCCCGUCAACCAGCCCAUCAUUGACCCCUGUGAGAUAAAUCAGCACAACGUGUUCUACGCCUCUCUGUGUGAGGUGUUGUUGGGCAGUGUGUUCUCUCCAUGCCAUGGUUACGUCAGUUCCAGUGUGUACCAGCAGCAGUGUCGCUACCAGGCCUGUCGCUGUGGUAACGCCUGUCUGUGUACGGCCCUGGCCCACUAUGCCUAUCUCUGCUCCAAACACAAUGUUAUUGUCAACUACAGGGCCCACGUCUCAGAGUGUGGGAUGGUGUGUUUGGGUGGGAUGCUGUACCAGUCCUGUGUGUCGUCCUGCGGCGGGUCCUGCCGCUCCCUCUCCAGCGGAGAGACCUGUAACCAUGACGACUGUGCUGAGGGGUGUGGCUGCUCCGAGGGCAGUUACUACGACGACGUACGACAACGCUGCGUUCAGCCGUCGCAGUGUCAUUGUUACUCUAUUGGAGGGGUGUCCCAGCCAGGGGAGGUGUCCUUCAGCGCCGCAGGCCCUUGCCUGUGCAGGAAUGGCAGGAUGGAGUGUGUACCAGAAGAAAGAGAGCCAGAGCGAGGCCAGUGUCCAGAGGGAAAGGUGUUCCACAGCUGCUCUGAGCCCCAGGGGUUCCACGGGUUCCAGGGAGCGCCGGCCUGGCGAGGAGGUGUGGCCUGUGAGCUCACCUGUCGGAACCUGAUGUUGAAUCUGACCUGUCCUCCCACCACACCCUGUAUACCUGGCUGUGUCUGCCAACAAGGGCUGGUGCUGCACCGUGGGGAAUGUUACUACCCAGAGAACUGCCCCUGUGCCUGGCUGGGCCUGGAGUAUCUGCCAGGAGAGACUGUCGACACCCCCUGUUACAGAUGUGUGUGUCACCGGGGCUAUUUUAACUGUAGUCACAGUCCGUGUCCGGCUGUGUGUACGGUCUACAGUGACAGACACUACCACACCUUCGACGGCCUGGAGUACGACUACCACUCAGACUGUCAGGUCUACCUACUCAAGAGUACAGAUGGUGAGGUGUCCAUCGUGGCCCAGAAUAAGGAUUGUUAUCAGAGUGGGAUCAUCUGUAUGAAGAUGCUGGUCAUCCAUGUUGGAUUCACCAAGAUCUACUUCAACGACAACUCAGGCCAGCCUAGUCCAUCCAGUGUGGUAGGUAAGGGGUCCGAAUUUGAGCUGUGGUCAGCAGGCUACUACACAGCAAUCCACUUUCCCUACCAGGACCUAACCAUUCUCUGGGACCGCAAGACAACCGUACACAUCAGAGUUGGACCACAUUGGAAGGGUCUCCUGAGUGGUCUGUGUGGGAACUUUGACAGUGUGACGGUGAAUGACAUGACCACAUCCAGCCACAUGGAGGUCAGCAAUGCUCAGGGCUUCGGAGACAGCUGGGCCCUGGGACAGUGUGAGAGUGACUAUGUGGUGAAGAGAGCGUGUGAAGGAGACCUGGGUAGACAGCCGUACGCCAAGAGAGAGUGUGCUCUACUCUACAGUGAUGUCUUUACUCCCUGUCACAAUGUGGUGGAUGUCUCAUGGUUCUAUAUGAACUGCUUGACAGACACUUGUAACUGUAAUCGGGGCGGAGACUGUGAGUGUCUGUGUACGUCCAUCGCUGCCUAUGCACACACCUGCUGUCAACACGGUGUUACUGUGGUAUGGAGAAACCCCUCUGUCUGUCGUGAGUACACACACACACAAUGUGGGUCUGUUCCUCAGACCCAAUUCCUCCUGCUUUCUCUGUCAGCAUGGUUACUUGGCUACUUAAGUAUCCUCACAUACUGUGCCUAUGUGGAUUUGUAUGUCUGGAAAUGUUUGUUCCGUUCUUCUCUUCCAGCCUAUGACUGUGAAUACUACAACCAAGAGUUAGGUGAAGGUCCAUUCUCAGUGGUCAGUGCUGUGUUUAAUGCUACAGUCUUCGGUGUGAACAGAACCAGUGGGUCAGUGUUUCCUCUAGUUAGGGAGUUCGUAGGUGGGCUGCCUCCCCCUGGACUACUCUUUAACUUCAUGAUCACAGCAGGACUACAGAAGGACCGCACAUCACGUAUCCCGGUGAUUUCUCUGGAGUCAGCGGAGCGUCCUAACUACUUCCUGGUUGUUUCGGACCGCGCUGGGCUGCGGUUGGAGCAGUGGACAAGAGGGGAGAAGUUUGGCCGCAGGGCUUCCUUCCUACAGCACCAGGGGCUGUUCCUGCCUGGCCACACCUCCUUAGAGCUGAUUGGUCAGCCGGGAGUGUUCCUGACUCUGACACGCACGUCUGCACGCGCUCAGAGAUACGACAACUCAGACAACUUCAAGACCAGCAGCUCCUUUACCCUGGAGGAGAGCAGUUUUGUGAUCCCGUUCCGUAUGAUGUGUGAGUGGCGCUACCAUGCAUGUGCCAGUCCUUGUGUUCGUACAUGCAGCGACCUCGAGGCCACACGCUGCCACUUCCUGCCCCCGGUGGAAGGCUGUUUCCCUCGCUGCCCCAAAAACAUGGUUCUUGAUGAGGUCACCAGGAGAUGUGUCUACACAGAGGACUGUGUGUCCCUUCCUCCCACUCCUACACCCUAUGCCUUCGUAAACCAAACAACCACCACCCCAACUACUACCACUACAGCCCCCACUACUACCACUACAGCCCCCACUACUACCACUACUACAGCCCCCACUACUACCACUAUUACUAUUACUACUACCACUACAGCCCCAGCUACAACUACUAUUGUUACUACUAGUACCAGAACUACAACCAGUGCUGCCUCUACAACUGUUACUGCCACCAGAGCCCCCACUACUCCCAGUACAGCCCCAUUGACUGAGCGUUUCACCCACACACUCACCCCUGCUCGCUCCCCCUCUCCUCCUCUCCCUUCCCUGCCCUCACCCACUGUGACCGAGCACACCACUUCACCUGCAGUCUUUCCCUCUGUCUCCCCCUCUUCCUCUGUCUCCCCCUCUUCCUCACCCACCACUACUAGUAGCACCACUGGGGUCACGACCUUGACCUUGACCCCUUCAGAGGUCACUACAGUAGCCUCCCCUACUCCCCCCAGCCUGGCAGUGACCGACUCCACCACUCCACCUCCUCCCCCUUCUGCUACCCCUCCCCAGCCUUCCACCCAGUCUUCUAUCUCUCCCCCAGCCACUACCUCCUUCCCCACCUCCUCUCCACCUCCUCCCCCUCUCUCCCCCUCCACCCACACCCCAACCACCACACAAACACAUCGUCCUGUUGCUACACCCACAGAGACCAUCUCUGUAUUUCCAGUUGUAUAUGACACCUCCUCUGUUACCAUGUCGACAUCACCCCCAGAGACGACGGAGUUCAUAACCACGGAAACAUCCACCAGCACAGACUUCUUUCCUACAUCUGAGGCAGUCAGCAUGCCAACAGUGCUGCCCCCCUUUCUCCUGCCCACCGCCCCGUGCACACCCCCGUACUCCUACCGUGUAGAUGAGUGUACAGAGCUGAUCUGUUUUAAUGGGGAGCUGCUCCUCCAUAACUCCUCCCUCCACUGUCGGUACAACACCACUCCUCCUCGCUGCUCUCUGCUGGGCAUGGCUGUCCUCACCAACACCGACCCCUGCUGCCCGCUCUGGCAGUGCCCCUGUCGCUGCUCGGUGAUGUCAGACCUGCGUGUGAUAACGUUUGACGGUAACAACGUGGCGCUGUAUGAUAAUGGCUCCUACAUCCUGGUCUACCUGCCCACAGAGAACAUCAUAGGAACAGUGGAUAAAUGCCCUACCAGCCAGAGCGUCAACUCCAUCAGACGACCGAGCCCUAGUGGUGGGACGUCAGGUUUGUGUUUUAAGAAGUUGAACAUCACCACUCCGUCCUACAGGAUUAUCAUCAACCGCCUAGACCGCAAGGUGUCAGUGAACCACAUCAAAGCACGGCUGCCAUUCUCCCGCAAGGCCUUGUCAGUAGGGGACACAGGCAGUAUGUACCUGAUCACCACUCCUGGAGGAGUCAAUAUACAGUGGUACCACAGCACUGGCAUCAUGGUGCUGCAAUACACCGCCCCCUCCAAUACAUCUGCUCCUACUAGAGGCCUCUGUGGGUGUUGUGACGGGAACCCGGCGGAUGACCUGAAGCUGCCUAACGGUACGGUGGUGAGGGAGGUGGCAGACCUUGGUCUGUUCCUGCAGGCCUGGAGGGUCCAAACCUCAGAGGACACGGAACACACACGACGCAUCGGAGACAACUGUACCACUGGAGACUGCUCUACCUGUCUCUCCAUGCUCAGACAGAGACCCUUCACUCCCUGCCACAGCAAGGUGUCUCCAGAACAGUUCUGUGAUGUGAUGUGGGCAGGCGACCUUCACUAUAAGGCCCACCAGUGUGACUUCCUGGCAGCCUACGUAGCUAUCUGCUACACUUACCAAGUCUGCAUCAACUGGAGACGACACAACUUCUGCCCAUUGAGGUGUCCCCCAGGUAGGGAGUACCAGGCGUGUGUGUCGACCUGUACCACCCGGACCUGUCAGAACAGAGAGUUCUAUGAGGAGACCACCUGCUCCCACAUCAGAGAGGAGUGUGUGUGUCGCUCUGGAACCAUCCUGCACCGAGCAGACUCCUCUUACUGCGUCACAGAGGAGCAGUGUGUGUGUACUGAUAACGAGGGGUCUCCGCGGGCCCCUGGGGAGGUGUGGAACGGGUCAUUGCGUGGCUGCUGUCUGUUCCGCUGCCUGGAGAACGGUUCUGUGGUGGCAGUAGAACCUGACUGUAGCAUUAGUCCCACUCUGCUGUGUGAGAGGGAGGGAGAGUACGUACUGGAUGUCCUGGAGGAGGGGGCUUGCUGCCCCAAGAAGAUCUGUGAAUGUAAUUUGACCAUCUGUGAGAGUGAGGCUCCGCCCUGUGAGAAUGGGAACCAGCUGGUGAUUGGUUACAGUGCCCUGUCCUGCUGCCCAGAGUACCGUUGUGAGUGCGACCCCCAUGCCUGUCCCCCCCUCACCGCCACUGAUUGUAGAGAAGAUCAGUUCCUAGUGGAGGUUCGUGAGGACAACUCCUGCUGUUACUCCUUCCUGUGUGUGUGUGAGUCGUGUAUCGAGCCCGUGCCGUCCUGUUCUUAUGGAGAGAUACUGGCUGUUGAUCUGAACACCACCCACAGCUGCUGCCCUCAAUACCACUGUGUGUGUGAUGUGAACCUGUGUCCUGAGUCGACUCUGAGCUGUUCUCCUGGUCUGUCUCUGAUCCAAACAACCCUACCUGGGCACUGCUGCCCCGACCGUCACUGUGAGUGCCAGUGUGAGGACAGCUCUCUCCCAGUCUGUCAGGUGGGGGAGGUACAGGUGGAGGUCGCAGACAGCAGAAGCACCUGUGGCUGCCCCCUCUACACCUGCAAGAAGGCGGAGGUGUGUGUGUUCCAGGGAGUCACAGUGCUGGGUCCGGGGCAGAGCCUGAUUCAGUACUAUGAAGGAGAGCUGUGUUACACCGUCCAUUGUCUGACACAUCGUGACACACACACUGGAUACUACGCCAUGGACGUGUCCGCUGUCAACUGCUCUCAGAAGUGUGGCCAGCACCAGCUGUACGUAGCAUCAUCAGAUCCUCAGGUGUGCUGUGGCUCCUGUAAGAAUGUCUCCUGUUCUUUCAACAAUGACAACGGAACCACUGAACUCUUCACUGCAGGGAGCUCCUGGGUGGAUAACUGUACGCGGUAUGAUUGUGUGGAGACGACAGUGGGAACUGUGAUGCUGGCCUCAGGGGUGGUCUGCCCCCCCUUCAACGACACAGAGUGCACUCAGAAUGGGGGCGUGGUCCAGAGCUAUGUGGACGGCUGCUGCAGGACGUGUAAGGAGGACGGUAAGACGUGUAAGCGUGUGGCAAUCCGAACCACCAUCAGAAAAGACGACUGCAGGAGCAACGCACCGGUGACAGUAUUUUCAUGUGAUGGGAAGUGUCCGUCUGCCACCAUCUUUAACUUCAACAUCAACAGCCACGCCCGCUUCUGUAAGUGCUGCAGGGAGAGUGGACUACAAACCCGCUCCGUCACCCUGUACUGCUCACACAACGCUACCCUGGUGGUCUACAGCUUCCAGGAGCCUGUUGACUGCUCCUGCCAAUGGAACUAGAGAGAGAACGAAGCUAGUCAGUGUGAGCUCCAGUAUGGCGUUCAAUAGGAGGGAUGGAAGAUGGAACAGAGGUUAGAGGUCAGAGGUCAGAGCAGACAGGUCAAGCGUCCAGGUAGGCGAGUUCUUUAGUCUUCCUUCAGUGUGUUGUGGAGGGCUGUAUACUGACCUGUUAUAGUGACCCUGUCGUUACAGAUAUGUAGUGGUCAGAUUUGUAGGGCUGUAACCUGUUCCUACUCUACUAUGAUAACACUAGUCCUAUCUGUACUGCUGUAGCCUGCUCCUCCUCAUAUGUAACACUAGCUAGUCCUCUCUGACUUUAUCAUGUUUAGAUCAGUUGGUCUGAGCUGACAGGACCGCUGCUGCUUUAGUAUGGAUUUAGUGCUCUCUUGAUGACUGACAUGUUUUAUAUGCCGAUCAAAUUUCUCUUACAAAAUAUAUUUUUUUUUUUACAAGUGUAAAGCUUUUAUACAAAAAUAUUUGUAUUUAACUCAAUCAAUUAUUUAGUAAGGUGAUAAUCCACCUAAGCAUCUGAUGGUAGAUGAUCUGUAUUUCAACAGAACGCUGUAUUUGUUGUGUUGUUUAAUGUGAAGCAUUGUGCCAGUAAUCAGUGUGUGCUGAUGCCAUCAGAUAGACUAGAGUCUCUAGUCAUACAGAACCUCUCAGAAUAAAACAAUAAAACAUUUAACAGUGA